AUGGCUAUUGACUCAGCAUCCGGACAGAUCACCAACACUGCCGCCCUUGACUACGAGAGUGCCACUUCCUGUACCCUGAUUAUACAUGCCACAGAUGGCGGUGCCACUGCAUUGGUUUCCACGGCAACAGCCAUCAUCACAAUCUCACCUGUUAAUGAGGCAACACCAGAUUUCGGGGGAGACUUCACCACAUCGUUUUUAGAAAGUGUUGGUAUAGGUACAUCUGUCACCGCAGCCGUUGCUACGGAUACGGACGUGGGUAACGAUGGUGUUAUCAAAUACUCGCUCAACACAUUCGGAACAGUUUUCAACAUAGAUGCCAGCAAUGGGGACAUCUACCUUGCAUCUAACGUUGACAGGGAGACAACUCCGUCAUAUGUCGUAGUAGUCCAUGGGAUCGACCAAUCAGGUACUACAAAGAAAACAGGAAGUGUGUCCAUCACCAUCAACAUUGACGACACAAAUGAUAACACGCCAUCCUGUACGUCCACUGUGUUGUUCCAGGAGUUGACGUCCGUUUCUGUUAACGACGUUGUGGAUUCGCUUACCUGUAAUGAUGCAGAUACAGGGGUCAAUGCAGCCUUGACCUACACCAUCACCAGUGGCAACACCAACACAGACUUUGCCAUUAGCGGCGCAGGCGUUGUGACAGUGGCAAACCUGCCAAGUCAGACAGAUUAUCAGUUACAGAUCGUGGUCUCGGAUACAGGAGCCACACCACUAUCGACGACUGUGUAUGUAACCAUAAAAGUAUAUGUUGUCCCGACCUUCACAGUCUUACCAACCACAGAGAGUGUCAUAGAAUCAACUGCCAUCGGAACACUCAUACACACCGUGCUGGUAACCACGGCUUCUGGAUUGCAAUCCUUCCAGAUCACGAGUGGAAAUGCUGACAGUAAAUUCAGUAUAAAUGCCAUUUCUGGAAAAAUAUUUCUUUAUGGUUCAUUAGACAGAGAGACAACUUCAAGCUACAGUCUGGUGAUACGCGUGACGGACACGGUCAGUACACUGAACGCAGAUGCUACUCUGACUAUCACUGUGACCGAUUUCAAUGACGUCACUCCGAGCUUUGCUAAUUCUUUCUAUUCACUGUCAGUUGUUGAGAACGUGGUCACAGGGACUGUCAUACAGAACUUAGCCGCAACAGAUACAGAUGCUGGAGUGAAUGCGGACUUGACCUAUUCGAUUGCCAGUGGAAAUGCUGAAGGGAAGUUUGCUAUCAGUACAGCAGGGGUGUUAUCAACAGCCAACACCUUAGAUGCUGAGACCACCCAAUCUUACACACUAGUCAUCACAGUCAAUGACAAUGGCGCCACAAAAUUAACCGGUACGACGACUGUCUAUGCAACGGUGACCAACGUUGACGAAUUUCCAGUGACUUUCGGUGUGGCGGGGAAUGCCUAUACCAGCACCCUGGCAGAAGACACGGCCACAGGUACCACAUUCUUCACUGUCACAGCCCAGGACCAGGACAUCAACACUGUAAUGUCUUACGCCAUUACAGCCGGGAAUGGUGCAGGAAUUUUUGUGAUAGACUCCGUCACAGGAGAAAUUAUAUUGUCAGAUUUUCUGGACAGGGAAACGGCUGCCAGUCAUUCUUUAACAAUCACCGCAGAUAAUGGCGCAGGGACGACAUUGGAUGCCACGUUAGACAUUACAGUAUCUGAUGUCAAUGAUAAUGACCCGGAUUUUAGCCCUUCAUUCGUUUACACAUUUAAUGUGGAUGAAAAUCAAUUAGCCGGGAUCACCGUUGGUACAGUGACAUCCUCCGAUAUCGACAGCGGAGUUAAUGCAAAUCUAGUUCUCUCAAUAGUGGGUGGUAACACGGGCACAGCUUUCCAGUUGGUUGGCUCGGAUAUUGAACUCAUUGGUACUCUUGACUUUGAAACAACACCAAGCUACAUCCUUCUCAUUGAAUCUCUUGACCAAGGGACACCUGCCAGGUCAUCAACGGCAACCGUGAAUAUUGCCGUUAAUCCUAUUUAUGCGCAGCCUCAGACUGCCGUGACAAAUGAUGCUGUUACUAUUGCAGAAAAUACUGGACUUAAUACAGCAAUUUACGACAUGGAUGCCACUGUACUAGGAGCUGUGGAAGGCGCCGCUGGUGAUCUGAAGUAUGUCAUCCAAUCUGGAAACGCUGAGGGAAAGUUUUCUGUUUCACUUUACACAGGGGUGUUGACAGUGGCUGGUGCACUUGAUAGAGAGACAACAGCGAGUUACGUCAUUGUUAUUCGUGCUGAGAACAGAAAUGACGCCACAAAGAGAGAUACGGUCUCUGUGUCUAUCACACUAACAGAUAUCAACGACAAUGAUCCUGUUUUCGGCCCUACAUCAUAUACAUGGUCUAUAGACGAAGGUCUGGCUAUAAAUUCUUCACCAGGCACAGUAAUUGCAACAGAUGCUGAUUCUGGUACUAAUGCGGCAAUAAUCUUUUCAAUAGUGGCAGGGGAAGGUAACUCUGAUUUUACAGUAGAUAGUACGACUGGAAUCGUCUCCACCACUGUGAUUCUGAAUGCAGCCACACAAGCGAGCUAUCUGUUGACCGUCAAUGCUGUUGACAGUGGAACAACACAGCGCACAGGAUCUUGUUCCGUCAUUAUCACUGUUAAUGAUAUCAAUGAUCAGGUACCGACUUUUAGUCAAACGACUUACAACUACGAUAUCAGUGAAGGCGUAGGUGUUUCUGAAACAGUCUUUAGUUUCUAUGCAGCCGAUAGUGACACGGGCGCCAAUGGUAGGGUUAACUACAACAUCAUAUCGGGAAAUGCAGCGUUGAAGUUUACCCUUGGAUCAACAGAUGGACAGCUUGUCAUGGCAAAUACGUUGGACCGUGAAUCGCUGAGCUCUUAUGUCCUGGUUGUGGAGGCGACAGACAGCGGUACGACACCCAAUACUGGGACUACUACUUUCUCAGUAACGGUGACGGACAUCAAUGACAACUCCCCCGUGUUCGCCACCAAUCCAUAUACAGCUACUGUGUUACGUACGGCUGCCGCAUCCACCGCAGUUACAACCGUUGUUGCCACUGAUGCUGAUGCAGGAACCAACAGUGAUCUGCGGUACUCUAUAUUGAGUGGUAAUCCUGAUAAUCUAUUCCAUGUGGAUUCCAUAUCUGGCGUGGUGAAGACACUAGGGACUUUAAGUGCUGCCGCCGACAGCCACGCCCUAGUGAUUCAGGCAGAGGACCAAGGCGUGGCAUACCGCUCAGCCACCACCACACUCAGUGUUACUGUGGACCCAAUAAAUAGUCCUGCUGUCAGUGACUUGACCUUCACGGUAUCUGAGAGUGUGGCUGUCAAUUAUCCCGUUGGUACAGUUUCUACAAAUCCUGUACAUGCAGCUGGUGCAACGGUGGACUUCACAAUCAUCAGUGGCAACCAGGCUGGGCAUUUUCAGAUUGGCCUUACUGAUGGACAUAUUACAAACAUUAAUAGCCUGGAUUAUGAAACAACAACUGACUUUUAUCUUGUGAUAAAUUUAAAAGAUACAACUGAUCCUACACUUGACUAUGACAAGAACAUCCACAUUGUUGUGACAGACUCAAAUGAUCUGACUCCAGUAAUUAACCCAACCUCAUACACCACACCUUUGGUGGAAAACUCUCCCAUCGGAGUGACAGUUCUCCAAGUCACAGCAACAGAUGGAGACUCGGGAACAAACGCGCAGAUGACCUUUGAAAUCUUUUCAGCAGUUCCCCUGGCAAGCACUUACUUACAGAUCGAUAACAAUGGAAUUGUCACUGUGAAACAAGAAAUAGAUUACGAAACUGUCACUACAAUCGUUUUUGAGGUACUCGUUAAAGAUGGAGGAACUCCAAUCAACACAGCCACGGCAGCAGUAACAGUAAAUGUUAUAAACGUUCUUGACACUGCAACUGUUACAGGGUCAGCAUCCCACUUUUUCUCUCUUGAAUGUGCAACGGAGGCAUCGAACGCUGAUGUGAUCAGGACUCUGACGGGAACAGACUUCGGUCUGACGGUUGGAGCCACAGACACUCUAGCUUUCCUCACACUCAGUAGUGGUGGUGUGUUUACAGUCGGGUCCAGUUCAGGGGAUUUCUCAGUACAGGAUCAGACUUACUUGUUCUCAGAGUCGCGAUACUUCAUGGAUGUUAUUGCUGAGAUGACAACAGCAGCCAAUGUGGUGACGGCAUCGUCCGGUCUGAUACGUAUCGACACAUUUGUUGCCACUACUUCUGUUGUGGUAUUGACACACAGUGUUGAUGUGACUACGGUCUCUGCCCAAACUAAUACCCUGAAAACAGCCCUCCAGGCACUGUUUCCGGCGACUACACGUGUGGAGAUCUGGAAACACCAAGGCUCUUCCUCCACAGCACGUCGUCGCCUCUUGGCCACAGGAUCUGAAAGUCUCAUAUAUGUCGUAUCCGACACUUCGGCUGAUACUCUGGAUGGCCUCCAGACAACCAAGUCUUUCCAGACAUCCUCGGAGAUACUGUCAGUCCUACAGCAGGCAGACGGUUCCCCUGCCACCGCCCUUUCAGGUGCCACCUUCACGACCUUUCCUGUCACAGCGGUUAGUAGUUACACGUCCAGUAGCUCGACCACGACUAACUGGGCCCAGACGACCGUCGGUAUUGCCGUCCUAUCCACCAUUGGAUGUAGUAUUGUCCUCCUGGCUGCCAUUUUAGCGGCAUACUUCUUUUGUACACGAUCACGAAAAUACAGAUUCAAUGAGGAAAAGCAAGGCAGAAGAACAAAAUUUCACCAAUACACAACACGUGAACAAAGAUGAUCGCCAUCCUUUGGUACCAGAAUACAAGGAAAAUGUGUUUGGGAAACAGCCAAUCACAGGAAAGACAGUGGAAGUAGAAUCCUUGCCACCACAGGGGCACAUGCUGAAUGGUGUUGCUAGUGGUUACCAUCCAUCCAAUCAGAAGCCAACAAAAAAGUCCAAACAGGAUGUCAGAGUGUCUAUGAUGAAUGGGAAGUCCUAUGACAAUGUUCCUGGGCCACUCUUCAGUAAUGGAGGCAAGAAAGGACCCUACAAAGAGCAAUCUGACCUGAGAUCAGAGUCGGGGUCUCGGAGUGAUGGGACCAUCACACCCAGAAACAUACUUAUCCAGUCCCCAGCUUCUGGACAGAAUAGCCAUCUCUAACACCAAAAUGAGGACAUAUACCUUUUCUUCAACAUCGGUGGUUAGCUAGCUGAUGCUGGUGUCAGGAUUUUGAAUGAACUGAAC